AUGCCUCCCCGCCCUCGGCAUAAUACGACAGCCUUGCCUCGUGAUCUACGAUCCGAGCUUGGAAUCCGCGAUGUCUACGGUGACAAGAAGCGUCGCCUUAACGGGCCUGCUUCGCGCAAAGAACGCCGCCAAAAUGAGCGUACGCAGAAGAAAUCCCGACAUGCAGCCCCACCGAGCAAGAAGACACUCGGGCGUCCGCAGCAGCGACCUCAGCAAAAACCUCAACAGCAGGCUCAACAUGACAGCGAUGAGGAAAUUGGGGACGACGAUAUUGACCUCAACUCAGACGACAUGGAUCUCGACGAGAGACCUAGUGCACCGCAGACCAAGGCUAAGUCUACGAAAGAGGCCGCUAAGAAGCCCAAAUCGAUCUUGAAGAAAGCAGCGGUUCCACAAAUCUCCGAGUCCGAGUCUGAGCCUGAGUCCGGGUUCGGGUCAGAAUUUGACCUCGAUGAAGACGAGGACGAGGAUGAAGAUGAUGAGUCUAGUGACGAGUCAGAAGAUGACACCUACGAGGAAGAACACAAAGAAACCGAGGUCCACAUCCCAGGAUCAGUCAAGGCUAAAUUAGCGCAAGACGAUGCCGAGAUUGCUGCAUUGGAGAAAAAGCUUGGCCUCAAGAAAGGAGGCAAACCCUCAAAGGGCUUUGAAGAGGAUGGACUAGAGGAUUUGCUGGGAGACCUGGGUGGUGCCGGCGGCGAUGCCUCAGAGGAUGAGAGCAAAAAGCGCAAACGAGAAGCCGAUGACUGGCUACGAAACAAGAGACUCAAGGCCAAGAGCUUACAAGCGCAACAACUCGAAAAAGAUGAUAGUGAGGUGGAUAGUGCCGAAGAUUUCGAUCUCGACGAGGAAAUCUUUGGGGGCGAUGAUUCCGACGCCGAAGGCAGUGAUUUCGACGGGUUUGAUGAGGAAGAGCGCAAAGAGCCAAAAAAGAAAGAGAACCCUUAUAUCGCUCCGGUCACGAAACCCGAACCCACCGCUCAGAAAUACAUUCCACCUUCAUUAAGAGGUCGCUCUGACCCGGAAACUGAAUCUCUCACUCGUCUCAAGCGCCAGGCUCAGGGACAUCUCAAUAAGCUAUCCGAGGCCAAUAUGCUCUCAAUUGUUGCCGAAUUCGAAAAGCUCUACCGCGAUUACCCCCGCCAGCACGUCACUUCUACUUUGAUCGAGCUACUGAUGGGCAUGAUCUGUGAGAGGGCUGCCCUUCAGGACACCUUUCUCAUUUUACAUGCAGGUUUCAUUGCAGCGUUAUAUAAGCUUAUGGGAAUGGACGUUGGCGCGGAGAUCAUUCAAACGGUCGUUGAAACAUUGGAUGCUGAUGGCGACGAGCGUGGAAAGUUCCAAGGAAAAGAAGCUACCAACUUGGUCUCUCUUCUGUCACAACUUUACAACUUCCAUGUCAUCGGUUCUUCCUUGAUGUUUGACUAUGUUCGUCUUUAUGUGCAGGAUAUCACGGAAUCAAACACCGAGCUCUUGCUCAAGGUCAUUCGGAAUUCUGGUCCCCAGCUCCGACUCGAUGACCCGUCUGCACUCAAGGAUAUUGUGUUGCUCAUUCAACCCGCUGUCGCCAAGGCUGGCGAGGACAGCCUUUCUGUUCGAACAAAGUUCAUGAUUGACCUAAUCACGGAUUUGAAAAAUAACCGCUCGAAAGCUUCAGCCGCAGUCGGUGCAGGUAUCACCACGGAACACAUCACCAAAAUGCGCAAGAUCUUGGGUUCCUUGAACAGUUCUCGGACAAUCCGCGCAUCCGAGCCUAUUAACAUCUCCCGCGACGAUAUCCAUAACUCCUCCAAGAAGGGCAAGUGGUGGUUGGUCGGCGCAAGCUGGAAGGAAGAUCCUCUUGUAACAGCACAGCGAGAAAUGGCUAAUCUACCAAUGACCCAACCCGAAGUCGUAGAUGACGAAAGCGACGCUGAGCCUGACUUUGGAGUGCUCGCCCGGGCUCACCGCAUGAACACCGACGUUCGUCGGUCAAUCUUCGUUGCCAUCAUGUCUGCCAACGACUUCCAAGAUGCGCAUGUCCGACUCAUGAAGCUUCGUCUCAAGCGUGCGCAGGAGUAUGAGAUCCCUCGCGUCCUCCUACAUUGUGCCAUGGAGGAACAGGCUCACAAUCCAUACUAUUCUCUGAUUGCACGUCGGAUCUGCGGUGAGCAAGGUCGCCGCAUGAAAAUGUCGUUUAUGUUUGCACUCUGGAAUAUGUUCAAGAAGAUGGGUGAGCGAGGAGAUACGGAGGAGGAUGAAGACAAUGACUUCGACCCAGAUGAUGAAGAGAACGGUAUCAGCAUGAAGUCUGUGGUCAACCUGGCCAAGAUGUUCUGCGCCCUCAUUAUGGAUGGCAGCUUGACACUGAGCAUUUUGAAAAAUCUCAACUUUGCAUAUCUCCAGCCUAAGACCAAGACAUUCGUCGAAGUCUUGAUCAUCAGUAUCAUUCAACAAUCCCAGAAGUCCAAGAAGAAGAAGAAGUCCAAGAGCUCCACGCCAGAUGAGCCUGAGCAGAAUGAAGGGCCUUUGAUGCAGAUUUUCCUGCGUACCAAGGAAACGCCACACAUUGCUAAGGGUCUCAUCUACUUUGUGCGAAAGGUUGUCGCGAAGACUGAUAUUGUGUCUGACGAGGAACUGAAACUCGUCCGGUGGGGAUGCAAUGUGGCUGCGGCUGCCCUCAAGGCUGUGGCAGACUAA